AUGGCGAAGCCAGUUAUCCGUCUCCAAAACCCCAAUGCUCCACCGGGUCGUCAGCAGGCUUUAUUGGUGGCGACAAAUGAGGCCCGUGCCUACAGAGACAGAAGAAUGAAUUUUCCUCUACCCCCUGAUCAGCUGCUCAAUGAGUCCACUGCCCUACCCCAUGCCCAAAGGGCCCUUCGUGCUGAAGGCAUUGCAGUACCAUCACGACAGCAGUGUCUGGGGAAGCUGGUGCUACCCUUGGGCCAAUAUCUCAAUGCCCCAUUUCCCUGGCUUGUGUCAAAUGAUGUGGGCUACAUGAAGUACAUCAUCAGCAGCCCCAGCGGCAGCCACAGCGUCAUCCGCAGCCACAUCCACACCUUCAAAGAAGUCCUCAUCCACACCUUCAAAGAAGUCCUCAUCCACACCUUCAAAGAAGUCCUCAUCCACACCUUCAAAGAAGUCCUCAUCCACACCUUCAAAGAAGUCCUCAUCCACACCUUCAAAGAAGUCCUCAUCCACACCUUCAAAGAAGUCCUCAUCCACACCUUCAAAGAAGUCCUCAUCCACACCUUCAAAGAAGUCCUCAUCCACACCUUCAAAGAAGUCCUCAUCCACACCUUCAAAGAAGUCCUCAUCCACACCUUCAAAGAAGUCCUCAUCCACACCUUCAUCAAAGAAGUCCUCAUCCACACCUUCAAAGAAGUCCUCAUCCACACCUUCAUCAAAGAAGUCGAGCUGGAGGGCUGGGUGCGACUGUGGGAAAAUCCCAACGGCAUUCCACCAGCUGACCUCUCCUGGGUGAAGGACGACACAGAGCGAGGACUCUUUGGCCCUAUUCAGGUGUAUCGCGACAAUGCUGCGGUAUUGAAGAGGCGGCGUGUAAUAAAAUCAGACCGCAUGUGGUUUUACCCUCCAGAACCUCCAGGCUACAUCAGUGGUACUGUGCCAACUCCACAUCUCUUCUUUCGGGGUCGCAUCUUUGUGUGGCGGCCCGUUGGAGUUUGGAAAUUCUCACUGAAGUGUCCUCGAGGAGAAGAAUGUGUGGGUCAAGGAAAGAAUGUGUACCUCUACAAAUCAGGCUACCACACCAAGGUUCGUCACUCACAUUUGUUAUCCAGCUGGUACUGUAUAAUAACAGAGGUCCUGUGCUGCGGCCCGUGUACAAAAGCAGCCAGGGGUGGUGGCAGUGGCAAGGUGGGCAGGUGGUUGGCGUGGGAUUCCACCAUUCUGUGUCAACUUAGUGAGGCUCACCAAGCCAUGUUCCCUGCUAUUCUGACAGACAA